AUGGUGAAUGGUAAAGGGUCAACGAAAAUAUCGAAUCUUGAUCGAUUUCUCCACUGCACAACACCCGUGGUACCGCCACAGUCUCUCCCCAAGACGGAGAUUAGAACCCUAAAUCGAUUGUGGCAUCCAUGGGAGAGAGAAAAGGUUGAGUUUUUCAGGCUGAGUGAUCUGUGGGAUUGUUACGAUGAAUGGAGCGCUUAUGGAGCUAGCGUUCCUAUUCAUAUCACCAAUGGAGAAUCUCUCGUCCAAUACUAUGUUCCUUAUCUCUCUGCCAUCCAGAUUUUCACCUCUCAUUCCUCCUUGAUCCAAUUAAGGGAAGAGUCUGAAGAUGGGGAAAGCGAAGGUAGAUACACGUUUAGCGAUUCAGGUAGCGAUGAGAGUGUGUCUGAGGAAGGAGGACUUGAGAACAAUGGGAUCUUGCACCCGAAUGAUCGUUUGGGUUACCUAUAUCUCCAAUACUUUGAGAGAUCAGCUCCUUAUACCAGAGUUCCUCUCAUGGACAAGAUCAAUGAAUUAGCUCAGAGAUACCCUGGAUUGAUGUCGCUGAGAAGCGUAGAUCUUUCUCCAGCUAGUUGGAUGUCUGUAGCUUGGUAUCCGAUUUACCACAUACCAAUGGGAAGAACCAUCAAAGACUUGUCCACUUGUUUCCUCACUUACCACACUCUUUCCUCUUCUUUUCAAGAUAUGGAACCGGAAGAGAAUGGUGGAGACAAGGAGAGGAUGAGAAAGGAAGGGGAAGACAUAACGCUGCACCCAUUUGGGAUGGCUACUUACAAGAUGCAAGGCAAUGUUUGGCUUUCCGAUGACCACGAUGACCAAGAGCGAUUGGUUUCGCUUUACAGCGUUGCGGAUUCUUGGCUAAAGCAGCUCAGAGUCCAACAUCAUGAUUUCAACUACUUCUGCAGCAUGUCGAUGACUCAUCGUGGCUAA